AUGGCCAAGUCAAAGAACCACACUAACCACAACCAAUCUGCCAAAGCUCACCGUAACUUGAAGUUCUCCCAAAGAGCUCGUUACCCAUCCAAGAAGGGUGUUGAUCCAAAGUUCCUUCGUAACCAAAGAUACGCAACCCAAGGUAACAUCAAGAAGGCACUUGCUAUCAGAAAGGGAACUGUUGAAUCAAACUAA